UCGCGCGGGAGGUGCGGGAGCAUGGCGGCUAGGGGGGAGAAGAGGUUCAAGAAAACCCACCUGACAGCUCAGGACUGCAGAGCUCUUGCUGAAGGUUCAUCUUCCCUGACACAACCAUUGAGUCAAAGCCAAAGCAGAGGAGAUGUAAACUGGUGCCUGCGUCCCAGCCGCCGGACACGGAGACAUCAAGGAGGCCAAGGGCAUUCCAACAUCACUGAUGACUUCAAGGUCCCUCGGGCACAGCAGGUAGGUGCUGGUGGGAUGAACGACAGGAGAAACAAAGAAGAGCUUCUGGAUCCCACCUUUGCUGAUGAUUCCUUCAGCAAUGACUCUGAUUUUCCGGAGGAUGAGGACUUUGUACCAAGGAAAGCUCCCAGGAAAGCUCCCAGGAAAGCUCCCAAAGAAAGCUCCAGGAAGCAGCCUCUGUCCACUGCAGGUACCCUCAAGCCAGAGCAUGAUGUGUGGGCUGAACCUGAGAAGAAGCCCUUGGUUGUUCAUCCAGAACACAGCUGGAUCAAGCAGGAACUGGAUGAUAUGGAAAUUGAACCAGUCCCUGAUACGCACUAUGGACUCCUGGGGACUCGGACCUGGGAAGUGCCUCAGGGAAGUAUUGAUAUGCUGCCUGUCGAAGUCCUUAGGAACAUCUUUGCUUUCCUACCAGUGAUUGAUCUGUAUCAGAACCUGAGCCUGGUGUGUCGCUGCUGGAGGGACAUAGUCAGUGAUCCACUGUUCAUUCCCUGGAAGAAGCUGUACCAUCAGUACCUAAAGAAGGAGGCCACAGCCCUGCGCAGCGUUGAACAGGUCAUGCAGGAUUUUGCCAUAACAAAGGAGCAGGAAGGAUGCGUGUUUGGGCUGAUCAGGUGUGUGUCUGCCAUACCCACCAAGCAGAAGGUAGAUCAUGGUGCGGUUCUGCAGUGUUUGAAGAGUCAUCACCUCUUCUCAAGGGCUGAAGUCUGUGUUGUCAACAAGCUGCCACAUUUACAGAGCAGGGCUGGGCCUGAGAGCACCUGGGCCAUCAUUGCAGUCAUGGUGCUUUUCUCCGAUAGCGUCAGUGACAUCCAGAAGCUGAUCAGAUGUCUGCAGAGACCCUGCUCUAACCUCUCUGUUGUGGAUGUGAUCGAGACACUUUACUGCAUGGCAACACUGCUGUAUGCAAUGAGAAACAAGAACAUCCUCAUCACUAACAGGAUCCAUUACAACAUUUUCUACUGCUUGUACCAGAUGGAAAAUGAUUCUGUGACAAUACAGACAGCAGAAGAGGAUGUGGUGGCUUCAUGCUGCAGACAAGACUUACGAUCUGGCCGGCCUGAGGUAAAGCUGACCCACGAACAGCAAAGGAUUCUGAAUCACAAAAUUGAGCGUGGUCAAAUAGUGAAGAUUAUGGCAUUUGCAGGCUCAGGGAAGACCUCGACCUUGGUCAAGUAUGCGGAGAAGUUUUCAGGUCUGCGGUUCCUUUACGUGACAUUUAACAAAGCAGUUGCAGAGAGGGGGAAAAGAGUCUUCCCCAGGAACGUCACGUGCAGGACUUUCCACUCGUUGGCAUAUGAAAGUGUUGGCAAAUACUAUAAGGAAAAAGGCAAGCUGCACUUCUCCAAGAUGUCAGUUUAUUCCAUCAGUUUCCUUCUCCGGAACCAAAAGGGCCAAUCUCUGUUUGUAAGAGGGAAAACGGUCUCCCAAACCCUGGAAAGCUUUUUUGCCUCUUCAGAUGACGAUAUCUGUGAAGAGCACUGUCCUCUUCGGUUCACAAACAGUUAUGGCCAGAUAGAAGCUGUCAGUCCAGCAGAAAAGAAAAUCGUUGUCAGAGAGGCCAAAGAGAUUUGGUACCACAUGAGGAAGCUGGGUGGGUUUGCAUCGAAGAAAUACAAGAUGACUUGUGAUGGGUAUUUGAAGCUCUGGCACCUCAGCAGGCCUCAGCUCUCAGGGUAUGAUGCCAUUUUUGUGGAUGAAGCACAGGACUGCACUCCAGCCAUCGUGGAUAUUGUGCUGUCACAGAAAUGUGGCAUAAUCCUUGUGGGAGACCCUCACCAGCAGAUUUACACCUUCCGAGGUGCUGUCAAUAGCCUCUACUCAGUGCCUCACACCCAUGUCUACUACCUCACCCAGAGUUUCAGAUUUGGGCCUGAAAUAGCCUACGUUGGAGCAACCAUUCUGGAUGUCUGUAAGAGGAUCAGGAAUAAGACGUUAGUGGGUGGAAACCAAAAGGAUGAUGUGAGAGGCAGCAUGGAAGGGAAGGUGACGUUGUUAUCACGAAGCAAUUUCAACGUGUUUGAGGAUGCUGUGGCACUCACUGGGAAAGGCAGACAAGUUAAAGUACACAUGAUUGGGGGGCUUGGUCGUUUUGGCCUGAGCAAAAUCCAUGAUCUUUGGAAGCUCAGUCAGCCUGUGGAGGAGCGGAUAAGAUUAAACCUGGUAAUAAAUGACCCCUUCAUCAAGAAAUGGGAAGAAAUUCAUGGCUUCUUUGGUUUAAAGGACUAUGCAGAGCACGUCAAUGACAAAGAGCUGCAAACAAAGAUUGAAAUAGUGGAGAAAUACAGAGAGCGCAUCCCUGAGCUGGUGCAGCAGAUUCAGAGCAACCACUUCCCACAUGAAGCCAGGGCAGAUUACCUCAUAGGGACUGUCCAUCAAGCCAAAGGCCUGGAGUUUGACACGGUGCUGCUUGCAGAUGACUUUGUGCAAGUACCAGCUCUCGGGGGGAAUUACCAGAGUAGAACUGACCCCAUUAUUGACAUGUACCCUGAGGAUGAGUGGAACCUGCUCUAUGUAGCUGUGACACGUGCAAAGAAGUGUUUGCUCAUGUCCAAGUCCCUGGAACACCUUUUAGCACUGGCUGGGGAGCGUUUCCUUCGGGUGGAGCUGAUGAGUGAGGCUGGGAAUGAUGGAGCUGCGAUCACUUGCUCUGUGCCACAGUGUACAGGGAUGUUGCAGUCUGACUGCGGGCUGGUUGUGAAGAAGCUCCCUUUGGUUCACAGCAACCACAGCAGGGAUGCGGGUGGUUACCUCUGCCGCUCUUGCACAGAGCAGCGCUUUGGCUCCCUGACACCACUCAUCUUCUCCCCAGCGCUUCAGGAGAAGCCCAUCCAGCCCUAACAAAGCCCUCCAGCUCCCCGAAGCCACCCUGGAUGCAAUCCAAGGUCUGUUGUCACAUCCCAGCUUCAGAAUCGGAUGGAUGUUGGAGCAGGAUUUCAGACCAGCUCCAGGUGGAGCCCUCUGGGCUCUCUGCAGGCAGAUGGGAGCCCUUUUCUCCAGCCCCAGUUUGUUCUCCAAAGCUGCUCAGUGUGGGCUGCUCUGCAUCUCUGCACAGAAGAUGCACUUUGUUUCAGAUAGACCAAGGUUUGGGUUCUUUUGAGUGUUACCCCUCCAUUACCUCUGUUCCAAAGAAAACACCUCCAGUGACCAAGCUGCCAGGAUACUGCUAUCUACUUCAUCCUGUCAGUUCCUCAGUGAAAUCCCUUGAUCCACUGGAAGAAGAGAAAAGGUUAUUAAAGCUCUUCCAGCUGAAUGAGGCAGCCAAGGGAUUCCCCAAGCUGUUUCCCUUCUCCUUGG